CCUUUCUUUCAUGCUCUGCUUUUGGGAACCGCCUGGCACUGACGCCAGGGGGAGGAGCCCACCUGCGUGGAGGCUGGGUCCCAGGCUGCCCUGAGCCUGCUCUUGCACAGAGGUGAGCCAGCCAUGGCGGAAGAGAUAUGGGUGGGCACUUGGAGGCCCCAUCGCCCCCGGGGACCCAUCAUGGCCCUCUACAGCAGCCCUGGACCCAAGUACCUGAUUCCACCCACUACGGGCUUCGUCAAGCACACGCCCACCAAGCUGCGGGCGCCGGCCUACAGCUUCCGUGGAGCCCCCAUGCUCCUGGCCGAGAACUGCUCCCCAGGGCCCCGCUACAGUGUAAACCCCAAAAUACUGAGGACCGGCAAGGACAUCGGCCCCACCUACUCCAUCCUUGGGCGCUACCACACCAAGACUGUGCUGACUCCAGGGCCGGGUGACUACUUUCCAGAGAAAUCUACCAAGCAUGUGUUUGACUCGGCGCCCAGCCAUUCCAUCUCAGCACGGACCAAGACCUUCCGCGUGGACAGCACCCCAGGCCCUGCUGCAUACAUGCUCCCGGUGGUGAUGGGCCCACACACCGUGGGCAAGGUCUCCCAGCCCUCCUUCUCCAUCAAGGGCCGCAGCAAACUGGGCAGCUUCAGCGAUGACCUGCACAAGACCCCAGGUCCUGCAGCGUACCGCCAGACUGAUGUGCAACUGACCAAGUUCAAGGCACCACAGUACACCAUGGCUGCCCGGGUGGAGCCCCCAGGGGACAAGACUCUCAAGCCAGGACCGGGAGCCCACAGCCCUGAGAAGGUAACCCUGACCAAGCCCUGCGCUCCCAUCGUCACCUUUGGCAUCAAGCACUCUGAUUAUAUGACACCCCUGGUGGUGGAUGUGGAAUAGCCCUGCCCUGCAAGCUCCACACAAGAGGUCCCCACAGGAAGACAGCUGGGCCUGGACGGGAAGCACCCUCUACCACCUGGGCCACUGCUGGACUGGCUCUGCAAAGCACAGCAUGCUUAUUUGGACAAUUCUAACAAUAUUUUUUCUACACUGUAUUCCC